GUGGGUUGGCAGCCCAGCCUGCCGAAACUGAAAAAGAAGUGGCUCUUCCCAGCUUCCUGCAGCUUCUUCUUCCUGCUCUCUGUGGUUAUGACUGGCUGCUUCCUGUGGCAAUAUCACCUCCCCAAGCUGGACACCAGUUCCUUGGGACCAGAGGUGGCCUCUGCCCCUGUGAGGAUGUGUCCCCGACACCCUGAGCCUGUGCCGCUGGCCCACCCCCUCCCUGUGUUGAAGGAGGCCCUGGAAAAGGUGGACAGGAUCCUGCGUCAGGCACUGUCUGCCCCGGGCCUGGCUGCCAUGUCUGCAGUUGUCAUCCACAAUGACACCGUGCUCUGGACCGGGAACUUUGGGAGGAAGAAUGGAUCAGACCCGGCCUCUGGGCCCCCCAAUGAAUACACUAUGUACCGAAUCUCCAGCAUCUCUAAGAUCUUUCCAGUCCUCAUGCUGUAUCGGCUGUGGGAGGAGGGCACUGUAGCCUCUCUAGAUGACCCUCUGGAGCGGUAUGCCAGCACCUUCACCAUUAACAACCCGUUGGGCAUGGCAUCAGCCCCUGAACAACAGAGCUUGAUGGAUGAGCUGGAGAAGGUGGGCCCAGCCCCAAGGCCUUCGUCCGUCACCCUCCGAAGGAUGGCCAGCCAGCUCUCAGGGCUGCCCAGAAGGCUCCGCUCUACUUCCCUGCUGUGGAGGGGCAGCACCCAGGAGGCCCUGAGCCUGCUCAAGGAUGAUGUGCUGGUGGCAGACCCAGGAACCAGGUGCCAUUACAGCACUCUGGCCUUCUCGCUUCUGGCCCAUGUCCUCGCAGCGCACACUGCUCAGGGCGACUACCAGCGCUGGAUCCUGGAGAACGUGCUGGAACCGCUGGGCAUGGAGGACACGGGCUUCGACCUCACGCCCCUAGUGCGCGCCCGCCUGGCGGCUGGCUUCUACGGCAGCGGCCGGCCGGCGCCGCUCUACGACCUGGGCUGGUACCGGCCGUCCGGCCAGAUGUACUCCACCCCGGCAGACCUGGCCAAGCUGGCCAUGGUGCUCCUGGGCGGCGGGCCCCCGCUCCUGCGGCCCGACGCGGCCAAGGCCCUGCUGGCGCCGCUGCUGGCCUGCUCGGGCGCCUACUUCGCCAACGAGACGGGCACCCCGUGGGAGUUCCACGCGCAGGGGGGCUACCGCGUGGUGCGCAAGGACGGCGACCUGGACGGCUACGCCGCCACCUUCUCCCUGGUGCCGCCGCUGCGCCUGAGCCUCGUGCUGCUGCUGGCGGGGCCGCGGCCACCCGGGCGCGACCUGGUGGCGCAGGCCUACGACGUGCUCCUGCCCGCCAUGGAGAGGGCCCUACGCGAGGCCGAGCCCAGCCCCGCCCCGCCGCCCAGCGCGCGCCCCUUCGCCGGCUACUUCACCUUCGCCAACCAGACCUUCUACGAGGUGCGCCCCGGGCCGGAGGGCGAGCUGCGCCUGCGCCAGUUCGGGCCCCGCGUCGAGGCGCUGGUGCCCCCCGCGUUCCGCACGCUGGCGCUGCGUCACCUGCGCGGCCGCGUCUUCCAGCUGCACGUGGCCCGCGAGUUCCCCUGCGAGCUGCCGCUCGGCGACGCCUGGCUCUCCCUCGAGGCGCAGCACGGGCAGCUCGUCAACUUCUACCCCUUGGACCGCCACGGACUGUCCCCUGGCUUCGACGUGCCGGGCCUGAACACCUACCGGGUGCUGCGGCUGCAGCGCAAGCCCGUAUUCAAGACCCAGUGA